CCUUUGAGUUUGUCUAAGAUUGCAAAAGCAAGAAAUAGCCAUUUGUUUCAACUAACCAAACAUGAAGCAAAAAAUAAUAAUCAAGUUGCAAAUGGACUGCGACAAAUGCAGAAACAAAGCUCUGAAAAUUGCUGCAGAGGUGCCAGGUGUGACUGCAGUGUCACUAGAAGGUGAUGAAAAGGAUCGUGUGGCAGUGACGGGUGAUGAUGUGGACAUGGUUUGUUUGGCUAACUUGCUGAAGAAGAAGUUCCGCACUGUCAUAAUUCUGAGUGUGGAAGAUCUGAAAAAAGCAGCUGAAGAAAAGAAGAAAAAAGAAGAAGCAGAAAAGAAGAAGGAAGAAGAAGAAAAGAAGAAAAAAGAAUGUUGUGCUGUGAAGUGUCCUCCACCACCUUGUGAGCCUUGUAACAAGUGCCACAUUUCCACUUGCCAUGGUAAGUGUGACAAAUGCUCAAAGUGCCAAAAUUCCAAGUGUGAUGGCAAGUGUGUUGUCAGUUGUGUCAAGUGUGAGAGUCCCAAGUGCCAUGGUGAGUGUAAACCAUGCCAUAAUUGUCUUAGUUUCAAGUGCCAUGGUUGUAAACCUCCUUCACCGUGCUUCCGUCCGUGUCCUCCAUGGUGCACCUGUUCCAAGUGCUAUGUGCCCUAUUAUCCACCAUGUAACCCUUAUCCUUGCCAAGUGGUUUAUGAUCCAUGCCCUGAUAAUACUUGCUCCAUUAUGUGA